AUGAUUUUAAUUCAUAAAAACGAUAAAGAAACAUCUUUUAUUUUAACGUCGGGAUUUGAGGCUCAAAAUCUUAUCGAGUUAAUUCAUAAAAAACGACAUUCUAAAGUAUGGCUAAUGCAUCUGGAUGAUGUAAACGGAUCAACAAUAAUUUCUGAAGAUGCUACAGACUUAUCACAAGAAGAAAUGAUUAAAGUAAUAACCGUCAUUCGAUUGUUUAAUGGUGUGUCUCGUUAUAAUGAAGAAGAAAUUGAUGUAAUAAAAAAAUGUCUUGCUGUUGUUGAUUGCGGUUAUUUUGAUAAAGAUGCAGCAAGAUCAAAACGAAUUUACGAUGAACUCGAAUCAAAACACCACAUUUUAAAUGGUUUUAUGACUUACAAACUAGCAGCUAAAUGA